AUGGCUCCGUCGGCCAAAAGCGGUUUCAACGCCGCGUCCGGUAGCUCAUCAUCCAACAAUGCAGCAUCUCUUGGUAUCGGUCUGUCGUCUUCGUCCGCUGGAGGCGCCGGCGGCAGUAUCGGCCUUGGACCCCUCGCCGGCGUGCCGGCUUCGGUCUACCCCACAGACACCAUCCGCGAUGUUGCCGAGUCGCUCGGCAUCAACGGCAUGAAGGAGAGCGUUGCUGCAGCACUCGCCGCCGACGUCGAGUAUCGCAUACGCGAGAUCGUUCAAGAUGCGACUAAGUUCAUGAGACACUCCAAGCGCGAUCAGCUCAAGACGACCGACAUCGACGCUGCACUUCGCGCACGCAACAUCGAGCCCAUCUACGGCUUCCUGCCAUCUUCAUCAGGCCGAUCCAGUGCGAGCAAUCCAUCACGAUACACAGCCGGUCCUACUUUCCGUCGCGUACAAACAGCAUCUGGAGUACCGCUGCAUUACGUCGAGGAUGAGGAGAUCGAUUUUGACAAGAUUCUGGAGGCCGGACCCAGGAUUGGAAUCGGACGUGGGGUGGGUUGGGGUGCUCACUGGUUGGCGAUCGAAGGCGUGCAGCCGGCUGUGCCGCAAAACCCGUCACCGAUCGCUAUCGCAGAGGCGAAGGGUGUUUCCGGAUUUAUGGGCCCCACUUCGACCCAGCCAAUGGCUGCUGCACCGGCAGCAAAGGCCGUCACCGUUGCUGGAGGCGACGGCACGGCGAUCACUAAACCACUCGUCAAGCACAUUCUCUCGCGCGAGCUGCAGCUCUACUACGAGAGACUCACAAAGUCGAUCGUCAGCCCACCGCCAGAAGCAGACCAAGAUCUGGAAGACGAGAUCGAAGAGCAAGCUUCUACCACCACCAACGCGCCUGCUCCAGCCAAUUCGACAGCACAAGAUCAAGAUAUCGAGAUGGAUCCCGCCGGAUCACCCAAAGAUCAGAUCGUCACACCGCCGAGACCUACCGUCGCCCUCGCCAAGCCUCUCAAGACAUUUGCACAGAAAGGUUCUGGCAACCACGUCCGCGACGCUGCUCUGGCCAGCCUUCGAGGCGACCCUGGUCUGCAUCAACUCGUGCCGUACCUCAUCCAGUUUGUCGGCAGCAAAGUCAUCGAGAUCUUGCGAUCGCCCUCGCAGGAGGACGCGGCGCCUGGACCGGACGGACACUCGACAGCAACCGCGGUGCGCGAAAGCCACCAGAUCAACGCGGCAGACAACCACAUGCUCGGCGUGCUUCUCAGCACCAUCCACGCGAUCCUCGUCAAUCCGCACAUCUUCGUCGAGCCGUACCUCCACCAGAUGAUGCCUUCGAUCCUGUCGAUCUUGCUGACAUCGUCUCUGGCAGAGCCAGAGCUUUUGCGUCAGCUGCACGGGUCAGACGAGGUCCGAACGCCGCUGGUCACCGCCGGUCCGUCUUCCUACUCGCUGCGUGCGCAUGCGUCCGCGUUGCUCACGCACGUCGUCGAUACGUUCGGAUCGUCGUAUCCGACGCUGAAGCCACGCGUGGUGGCGACGCUUCUCAAGGCGCUCAUGACCGGCGUUGUGCCGGGCAGCAGCGACCAAGACUCGGUGCGACGCAGCGAGGCAGCUGGAAGUCGAGAGCCAUGUGCCAGCCCGGGGACCAAGCUCGGUGCGCUAAUGGCACUGCGUCGUCUGGGCAAGGCGAGCUUCCGCACGCUGCUUUCGAGCUCUGCGCAGCUCAAUGCCAAGCUCGGCGACAGCGCGGAACCUACGGAAUCAGCAGCGUCGCCACUCCGUCUGCUGGGCGAGUGGAUGCAGUCGUGGGAAUCCGGCUCGCUGCACUCCGGCGAUCAGCAGCAACAGGCGGGUGAGCUGCGAGCACUGCAGAUGAAGCCGCUGAUCAAUGAAGUUGCGGGUGCCCUGCAUGCCCUUCUCCCACCCUUUGUCGCGCCGAACGCCGAGCUGGCGGGAACGACAGAGGAGCGGAACGAGACGCUCACAUCAACGUACGGAAGCUACUGGAUGCAAAAGGUCAUUCAGGUAGACAACAGGGCUAGGGCUGCUCUCGAGACAGAGCUCGGUAUGCGCAGCAGCGGCAGUGGAGCAGGUUCGAAAGCGGCGGUGGGUACGACGACCGACACUCAGAUGAAGCUCGAGCAGUGA